CCCUAAAUCAGUUCAAAACACCUUCUUUCUUCCUCCAUUUUCGAGCUCCAAAGGUUUUAGAGAGAGAGAAACUUCAAAUCUUCAUAUCUUCUUCAUUUUAGCUCCAAAUUGUUUUGUGUUCUUGGAGUGGAUUUGUUCUUCUACACAUUGGAGAACAAAUAUUUUUGUGGAACCCCCAUACGAGCUGGUCUACCAAAGUUCUUGAGCUUCACAGACUCGGAGGUAUCCACUAUAAGGUGGUCGGAGGGAUUUAUUAUGAUCCCUCCACGUCAGAUCAUAAUGUUGUCUUAUUACUUGGUCACCACUACCCAGAGUGUGAUGGUCAGUUUGCUUUGGUUUCAAGCCUGAAAAAUAAAGGGUGGCGACAAGUGUCCUUUCCGUAUAACUAUAUGACUUCACGAGAUGGGGUCAACUUUAAUAAUACACUCCACUCGAUAGUAAGUGACAUAAAAACUUCUCAGGGAUGGGAUUACCAUGAUUCUAAUGGUGACUAUAGGUUAUGGGACAAUUAUGUUGGGUGCAAUAAGAUUGUUUAUUUCGAUAUGGUUGAUGACGCAUUCAAAAUAUUGCCCUCCCCUACACGGAUUAAUAUGGAAGAAAAAGAUUCUAUAGUUGGUACGGGAAUCAUAGAUGGAUGUUUCUCAAUGGCAAGGAAGGAUGAAAAGAGGCAAGUGUUCCAAGUGUCAAUUAUGAAAGAAUAUGGAAAAUCAGAGUCUUGGAUGGCAUCCUUUGCCAUCUCCAUGUUUGAAUUGCUCGGCGAGACGUUGACAUGCUCAAAUUUAUGUCCCAAAAUGGGAAAGUAUUUAUGAGGUUUGGUUAUUUCCGUAGAACAUGUGUGUAUGAUGUCAAAGAAGACAAACUAGAUGAGAUAUUCCUUGUACCAGAUGAUGUUAAAUUUCAUGAUUAUGAUGGCCUUCUCUGCUUCUACGUUGAAAGUUUUGAUUUGCCACAUGAAGUGAGUUGGAGGGAGGGUGAUGAGAAAAAAUGCUUGCUUUGGAAUAGUCGGUAUCUUUCCGUUUAUUAAAAAUAUGUUUAUUGUUGCUUCUAGAUAUAUCAAUAUUUUUUCAUACUGAAUCCAAGAGGUUUAGACUUGGUGUUACAUUAUGCUUUGGAAUAUCUUGUCUCUCAAGUGAAUUAGAAUAUGACGUUUAAUUUAGCGGAAACCGUUAUGUUAUACUACCUCCGUCCCAUUUAUAUUGUCC